AGAAUAUACAUUUGAUAUACAUAAUAUAUAUUAUACAUAUAUGAUAUCUAUUAGAAACCAUUUUUUCCUUUAUUGUAAUUUUCAGCAACAUUUCAGAUCUAUUUUCUGUUUUUUGCCAACCACUGGUGAAAAUGAUAUUCCAUAUUAUCUCCAGAUUCUGUUAUGUAGAGGUAAGCCCUCAAAAGCUUUAGCUUUUUUUCUAGAGAUUGAGAUUUCUGCUGGAAAUGUUAACUUCAUGUUAAUCUUAGCCUUUUAAAAGUUGGUUUGCAUGGUCAGCUGUGGUGAGUUUGGCUACCAGAUGGUAGACCUUUCGUGUUUGUGACACAUGUCACAUAAUUGAAACCACGACCAGAUAACCCAGCCAAAGAUAAUUGGAAUUUCAUUAAGGUCUGUGUGUGUGUGUGCGUGUGUGUGUGCGCGCGUGUGUGUGCGUGUGUGUGCGCGCGCGUGUGUGUGUGUGUGUGUGUGUAUGUGUGUGUUAUGAGUGGUGUGCGUGUAUAUGUCUGAGUGUGUGGGCUGAGAGUGGGUGUGGGUAGUGUGGGCGUGGGUCUGUCUGGGUGUGUUCUUGUCUUAGAAAUACUGAGGAUAUGUAGUGUGUGUUUGUGGUUUGGGGGGGGGGGGGCUCCACCUGCUGCCACCUGUUCAGUUGUCCUAUCUUAUAAAAGCUACUUCUUCUCAGUCUACUGUAUCACUGACAUCUUGGACUCCUUACACUCUCCACUGUCGGGAGUAUCUGUACUAAGGACACACAGCUUGGAGCCCACAGGAAGAUCAAGAGGCUGAGGAGCCCUAAAACCACAACUGGAAACUUCUCUUAUACAUUUGUUGGAAGCCAGCUGAGUUUUUUCUGAUCAGAGGACUUAUACUGGUUUGAUUCUUCAACCCAAAAUCAUGAAGUCUCAUCGACCAAGCUGCACUGACUCUGGAUCAGAAUCUUCAGACCCAGACUCCAAGAGUCCAGAGAAAUAUGAGACUACCACAAGGCGACGGAUGGCUGCCAAUGCCAGGGAGAGAAAGAGGAUGGAGGGUUUGAACACAGCCUUUGAUUGCUUACGCAAAGUGGUCCCCCAGUGGGGCCAGGACAAAAAACUGUCUAAGUACGAAACUCUGCAGAUGGCCCUCAGCUACAUCAUGGCCCUCAACCGGAUCCUGACAGACCCAAAGAGGCACAAUGCUCCUUACAGGCAGUGGCUGGACCUGCAGUUUGACUGUGAUCAGCCUGAAAACUACCCCUGUCUCAUGAGGUAUGACUCUCCAGCUGGACAGGAAUGUAUCCACUCUUCGAUCUUAUAUCAGUUCAAGAGCCAUAUGGUCCACACAUAAACAGCUUCCAUUUGAUGGAUAAUCAGUAAUUUUGUGAAUAGAGAGUAAAUACAGUAUUGCUUUAUUUCCUUUUUGUGUUGUCUGCCAUUUUUGUGUGAUGUUCAUACAGGGUUAGCAAUAUAAAGCAUUGUUUUGUUCAAUGUAUAACAAUAAAUAAAAUCUAGUGUCAUUAUAGACCACUAGAUUGUAUCAAAACCAUAGGCAAUUGAUGUCUUUUAUCAGUCAUUGGAUUACCCCAAAUGACCUAAGAAAUAGGCAGUCAGUAUCUUUUUUAUCAGCUGUUUGAUGAUGUGAAAUGUUCAGCUCAUUUAGAGAAAAUUUUUGUGGUCCAAGUUGCAUUGUAUAAUGAAUUAAACUUGUUUUGCUGAGUUUAAGUACACAUUUGUAGAGUUGAAAUACCUCUAUUGUGAUUAAUUUUAGUUCUGCAUCAUAAAUAAAAACU